AUGGAGGGAAAUCAACAUGAAGAGUAUUCUCGCCAGUGGAAAAAGGCACAAGAAUUAGCGAACCAACAUUUGUUCAAAGCUCAAACGAAGCAGAAAAAGUAUUAUGAUGAAGGGACAAAAAGUGUCAAGUACAAUCCCGGCGAUCUGAUGGAGAAAAAAUUACUACUCUUUUGCAUUCUAACUACAUUGCAAACAACCCACACAAUCUUCUCGUCUGUAUGCGAUUGCAACUAUGUUAAAACACGAGGAAUUCUAGAUAUUAACUCACCAUACUAUUGCCAAAACCCCAGCACUAAUCAUCAACCACGAUACCUAACAAAUUAUACGCUAAUGACUAAACAAAAUCCAGUAAAAACUUGGAAAGGAUGGACUUGCAAACAAUGGAUUAAGACUAAGAAAAUAACCGGAUCUUUCUGGAUAGGAUCUUUUGACACAGUUUAUUCACAGGAAACAAAAUUGCUCUCAGCAAUUGAAUGCUGGGAAAUGGUAAAUAAUAAAAAAUGUGGGGGUAAUCUUAUGCAGGCAGGAACAACAACGUUGAGUUUUACAUCAACUCCUACAGGGGAAGGGAAGUGGUAUGCUAUCAAAGAAUACCAUGCAUUAAAUUGUUUAGCAGAAGAGAUAACAUUAAAACAAGAGACACCAGAAAGCUUAGUGGAAAGUCCAUUUGGAUUCUUAAACACCACUCAGCAAGAAGGGGAGUAUACACAAAAUCAUAACACCAUAGUAUGGGGAGAUAGAUCAACAAAUUCAUCAAAUUCACAAAUUAUUUUUAAAGGUGAAGGGUAUAUAGAAUUAACAAACUCAAUGAUUAAUGUAAAUACUAGCCGUCUUCUUGAUAAUAACAAGCAGAUAGAAAUAACUUUCUCUAACAAACCAGAUAUAAAUAAUAAAGAAUUUGCCCAACCUGGAUUUAAAGUAGUAGGGAUGCCUUUAACAUUUCUUAUUUUUCCAAACCAAGUAAAUGUAGAUACAUGGUCUUGCAAUGAAUACGCAGAUCCAAUAGCGAGCAAAGUAAAACGGUCGACUAAUAACGAAAUUGAAUUUCUUGACAAUCGUGCUAAGAAAGAAGCUAUGGGAAAAAGACUUUACAGCAUAUCGUAUGCAUGGGGUUCGAUACGAAUGGGACAUCCUAUAAUAACAAACGUAGAAGAAAAUGGAAUAAUGACUAAAAAAGAUACAAUUGCGUAUCUCAUGGUUAAUGGUUCAUCAAUAAACACGCAAGUAUCAGUCCACAACCAAUAUGAUAUCCAAGAUCCUUUGCCAACAGGAACAAAAUUCGAAUACAUCGUAGAUCACAGCAUAAGGCUUAUGAACACUAACAUCUGCAUCGUGGCAAAUGAAAACAAUCAAAUUAUGGCAGAAAAUUGUACCGAAAAAACAUCAAGAUGGAUACUGGAUUUAAUUAACUACCAAUGGAUUUCUCUAGAAACAGGCCUGUGCAUCACCUUACAUGAUGAAGAAGAAGGACGAGUUAGAUUGGCAACACUAAAAACGUGCAGUAGACAGGGAACAAUUAGUGAAAAUCAACAAUGGGUUAUCGAAAUCCUAACAACAAACCCGGAUGUGUUGGACAAUUUCCCAGAUGCAUCCAUUGACGAAUUCGAAGAAAUCCAGUUGGAACAGAGGACAUCAGUAACAACGACCGUCAGUUCGCCAAUUUUUGGAGGAUUAUUGAAGCGGAACCAUGGGAGAGGAAACAUCAUAUGGGACAUGAUAGGAUGGGGACUAAUGAAACAUGCGAAGCAUCUAGCAAGGGCCAAGCCUUCGAAUAUUCCUCAGACUUCACGAUAA